UGUUCCACGUUGGCCCGGACGUGGCAGUCGGCAGCAGGCUGGUGUGGAAAUCACAGUAGCCGGACCAGAGUAAACCGCCACACUUUGCUCUCCGUCUGCGGGCUAAUAUCACCGCUACCGCCACAGAUUGACACCUCCACGGCCAGCCAUGGGACUCACCAUCUCGUCCAUCUUCGGCCGACUGUUUGGCAAAAAGCAGAUGAGGAUUUUGAUGGUCGGGCUGGAUGCUGCAGGAAAAACGACUAUCUUGUACAAGCUGAAGCUCGGCGAAAUCGUAACCACUAUCCCAACCAUUGGUUUUAAUGUGGAGACAGUAGAGUAUAAAAAUAUCAGUUUCACUGUUUGGGAUGUGGGUGGCCAGGACAAGAUCAGACCCCUGUGGAGACACUACUUCCAGAACACACAGGGUCUCAUCUUCGUAGUGGACAGUAACGACAGAGAACGAGUGGCCGAGUCUGCAGAAGAGCUCUCAAAGAUGUUGCUGGAAGAUGAGCUGAAAGACGCCGUUUUGCUGGUGUUUGCUAACAAACAGGAUCUUCCUAAUGCCUUAACAGUCAGUGAACUGACAGAAAAGCUCGGCCUACAAGCCCUCCGCAACAAAACUUGGUACAUCGAGUCUACCUGCGCCACCCAGGGCACUGGGCUGUAUGAAGGACUUGACUGGCUAUCCAAAGAAUUGUCCAAGAACUAAUGAAGGAUCGGCGUUACAGAAGAAAGAGAGAGCGAGAACACCCCCGGACAGGAGAGAAGGCACAGACAUUCGAUGCAGACACAAAACGUCUUCCAGCACCAAUGUUCACUAAAAGGACACGGCUGGUGGACGACUUAAUCAUCUUUUGGAAAAAUUAACAUGUCGGUUUUUUUUCUUAUAUAAUCAAUACCAAUACUUUAUUAUCUCUUGACAUCAUCUCUAUUUUUCUCCUUUCGUUCCAAACCUCUCACAUGAGUUGUAAUCACACAUUCGGUUUCAUGAUGAGCAAAUGAGCUGUUGGAGGAAAAUUUCAGAAUAACGGGAGUUGUUUUUCCACUUGACACCCUGGCUCUUGUCUAGGCAGCAGUAAUCAACUUCUUGUAUAAUUGCCAGACUUACUUGUAGUCUUUCUGUGGCCCAGGUUGGGAGGCGAGGGUGGGGGGUUGGGGGAGGAAUGACAAUAUAACCCCAGAGCUUUGGUGAAGGACAAUUUGCAGGCUGCCACAAGCUGUUAAUCUCCAGAGGCCCUUGUGGAUAUUUGACUCCCUCACAGACCUGACCCUUUGCUCUUCACUGCUAUGUCCUCAAUUUCAUGCCAACUCAUUUUGUAAAGGCCCGUGGCUUGUAGAAUGAGAUGGAGAAGGAUUGCAGUGAUUUCGUUUAGUAGCGUGGAAUCACAUGGAUCCAAAAAAGGAAACGGUGUGCCUUCUGGUCCCCUUUUUUUUUUUUUUGCACAAAUCAGAGUAAUGCUAUCAAAUUCUUAGGUCAUGCUCCCCUCCUAAGACGCUUCCGUGACUUUAUGCUUUUGCAAGGCCAAAUUAUGCAACAAGACUCUUCCUUUUUGUGCUACGUUGGAUGGUGCGGUGCGGCGGUACCACACCGGUGUGAAUAUAGAUCGCUUCUUUGCCACUUGACUUUACGAUCAGCUGGGAUUUUUUUGUCCCGUUUGAACAUUUGUGAAUUUGCCUUCAUUCAUUUUGCCUCCUUUUUCUUUUAAUAAUCACUAUGAAAAAAAGGGAUUUACAUAAAAUUCUACCAACUAAACGUAAAAGAAGGAAGGAAGUGUCUUCUCAGUGUUGACAUAUGGCCAGCGCCAUUGCGACACAGUAAAGUAGCAUGUUUUUGUUGGGUUUUGUUGUUUUGUUUUGCCUUCUUUUUUUUUUUGGCAGCACGUAGUGUUUACAAGUUUGUUGUACUGUCUGGCAAAUACUGUAUUAUGUGCUUAAUUAUUCUACCCCACUUGAAACACAUAACAUACAUUCCAACCUAUGCUUUCAGAUGCAGGAGCUGACACGCUUCGAAAAUAUUCUCUAACAAUAUUUUACAAAAAAAAGGCUCUGAAUAAAGCUAGUGUUAAAAAAAAA